AUGAACGCCUCCGACGCACCGCACGUCACCGCCAUCCGGCCCGUCAAGGGCCUUGAGCCGCACCUCUAUGACUGCCUCGCUGCCACCUUUCGGCAAGACUACCCACGCGACAAGCUCAGCAUUCGUCUCUGUGUAUCGACACGCGACGACCCAGCCUACCCUACCCUCCGCAAACUAAUCACCGACUUCCCGGAUGUCGACGCGCAGAUUUUCGUCGAAUACGAAGAUCCGCUCUUGCAGCAGGAUGGCACCAAUAAAUACACACUUGGACCGAAUCCCAAGAUCCGAAAUAUGAGCCGUGCGUACCGCGAAGCGAAAGGAGAUAUCGUCUGGAUCAUUGAUUGCAAUGUUUGGGUCGGGAAGGGAGUCUGUGCGAGGAUGGUGGACAGGCUGUGCGGGACUGGACCCUCAAGCAAGAAAUACAAGUUCGUGCAUCAUCUACCUGUGGCUGUGGAUGUGACGGGAGAGAGCAAUUUGCGUCAAGAGCGUCAGGCGCUCCUAGAUGCGAACCCACAAGCCACAGAUGCCGAUACAGCGGCCGCAGCGAUGCCAUGCGUGCGUCCGGAAGAUGGGCCUGCAGCCAUGAUUGCGACUGGAGGCGGUCGCUUGGAAGAGCUGUUCCUGUCCUCCGCGCACGCGAAAAUGUACACUGCGAUCAACACUGUUCUCAUUGCGCCGUGCAUCGUGGGAAAAUCAAACAUGUUCCGCCGCUCCCAUCUCGACUAUCUCACCGGUACGUCGACCUCGGGCCCAGAGGCUCGCCAUCCCGGUAUCGAUUUCUUCUCUGAAAACAUCUGCGAGGAUCAUCUGAUCGGUGAUCUGCUGUGGAGGAAGCAGGUGCGGGAAGAGAAAGAGCUCGGCGAGCGUUGGGGCAAGCAUGCCAUGGUCUUUGGUGACCUCGCUAUUCAACCGGUUGCCAACAUGAGCGUACCAGCCUACGUCGCCCGUCGUGUCCGGUGGCUGCGAGUACGUAAAUUUACUGUGUUGCUGGCUACGCUUGUCGAACCUGGGACUGAGUCAUUCCUAUGCACCUUAUAUGGCGCCUGGGGAAUUACCACUGCCCUAGCACCGUAUCUUGAGCGAAAUGGCAUGGAGUUUGCUUCCCGUCUGAAAACAUGGGAUGCAUUUUUUGUUUUGUCCGCACUUGGCAUCAUCUACUGGCUCCUGGUCGAUUGGACACUGUAUAUCAAGCUGCAUUCCGCAAAAUGCAUUGAGCUGGAUGAGGACACUCCAGGUUUUGCGCGUCCUCAACGCUACAGAUCAUCACAAACUACUCGUCGCCCGUUCAUGCAAUGGUUUGCCGCCUGGCUCGGCCGCGAACUGCUGGCACUGCCGAUCUGGAUCAUGGCGGUGUAUGGCGGUGUGACAGUCGUCUGGCGAGACCGGCGCUUUAAGGUCGGCUUCGAUGCGAAAGUUCGAGAGAUCGACCCCCCUACUCGGCCUGCGGAGGUUUCGUCUUCUACCGGAGCGGUAGCAGGCAAAGUCCGCAGUGAUUGA